GUAGCGGAGAUGCUUAUAGGGGUGUCUGGGGCUGUUGGGGCCGUUAGGGGUGGAGUUUGCAGGUCAAGGGGCAGAGCCAGGGCACAGGGCAGGUGGGAGUCACAGGAACAUAUACAGAGGCAAUGAAGUAGGUUUGGAGGUGGGGCUUAGGCUUGGGGGUGGAGUCAUGGGGGGGUUGGCGAGGCCCCGUCCCCCACUGAAGCCCCGUCCCCAGGUACACGGAGGGGGAGAUCCAGGAGAAGGUGGCCACCUUCCGCCUCAUGCUGCUGGAGAAGGACAUUGGGGGCAAGGACAUCGCCAACCCUGAGGGGCGCCCCACGGUGACGGAGACCCACCAGCUAGCCGAGGCAACGGAGCGCAAGAACGAGCGACUCCGCGCCGCCUUCGGCAUCAGCGACUCCUACGUGGACGGCAGCUCCUUUGACCCCCAGCGCCGGGCACGCCCUGCUCCCCGUCCGCCUGACCCCGUCCCGCCCCACAGCCUGGUGCGAGAGUCCAGCAGCUCCCGGUCUCCAUCCCCCAAGCAAAAGAAGAAGAAAAAGAAGAAAGACAGAGGGAGGUCAGAGAGCCGGUCGCCCUCACGCCGAGAGAGGAAGAAAAGCUCCAAGAAGAAGAAACACCGAUCAGAAUCAGAGUCGAAGAAGAGGAAACACAGGUCCCCAAGCCCCAAGAGCAAGCGCAAGUCCAAGGAGAAGAAGAGGAAGAGGUCCACCAGCGAAUCACAGAAGGGCCGUCGGGAACGCUCGUCUUCGCCCGACUCCUCCGACUCCUCGGAUACCUCCCGCAGCAGGUCCCGAAGCACCACGGCCCAGAAACGGGGGGCCCCAGCCCGGCGGAGUGAGACCCCCCCAGCCCCCUCACGGCGCCGGGGGGAGACCGAGGGCGCCUCCAAGCCCCCUGCUGAGAGGGAGCGGUCGACCACCCCUGAGCCGGCCCGGAGGGGCCGCAGCACCAGCCCCCGGGACAAGCGAGAGAAGCCACUACCCAACCGCCGCUCGGCUUCAUCCCCGCCAGCCCCCAAGUCACGCACGCCCCCAGCCCGCCGCCGCCGCCGCCGCUCGUCCAGCUCCACACCGGCCCCCAAGAGGCGGUCACGCUCCCCAGCCAGGCACCGCCAUCGCAGCCGGUCCCGCUCCAGCCCUGAAGCCCUGAGGAAGUCACGGACACCACCCCCACGGCCCUGGAGGAGCCGCUCUGCCUCGUCCCCUCCACCAGCUACCAGGAGGAAGUCAAGGUCACCACCACGUCGGAGCCGGUCAAAGGAGAAGGGGCACGUGGCUGCUCGCCGCAGUCGGUCCACCUCCUCCCCGGAGCUACGGCAGCAAUCUAGAGCCAAGGCCUCACCGGAGCCCAGGAAGGCGUCCAAGUCCCCAGCUGCCAGGGGCAGAUCCCGGGGAUCUGUGGAGCCCAGGAAGACGUCCAGAUCCCCACUAACAAGGGGCAGAUCUCGGGGAUCUCCAGAGCUCAGGAAAGCUUCAAAGUCUCCGCCUGCCCGGGGUAGGUCAGGGGGGUCUCCAGAGCCUAAGGCCACUUCAAGGUCCCCACCCUCCCGGGGCCACGCAGAUCUGAAGACCUCUAGAUCCCCGCCGGUGCGAGCUCGAUCCAGGGGAUCUCCGGAGCUGAAGAAGCUUUCUCAAUCCCCACCAGCUUGGGGCUGGCCCCGGAGCUCUCCAGAGCCGAAGAAGGCCUCACCAGUGAGGGGGAGAUCCCAGGUUUCUCUGGAGAUGAAGACUAUCUCUAGAUCUCCCCCUACCAGGGGCCGGGUCAGAGGCUCUCCAGAGCUGCCGGCCAUCUCUAGAUCUCCGCCCACAAGAGUCCGAGCGGGUCCCUCUCCAGAUCCAAAGAAGGUUUCUCGGUUCUCUCCGGAGCUGAAGGCAACAUCCAGAUCGCCCCCAAAGGCCCGGCUUGGGGUCUCUCCAGAGCCCAGGAAGGCCUCAAGGGGGUCUCCGGACCUGAAGAAGAUGUCUAGGUCUCCACCGGCACGGGGGAGAUCUCGGUCACCCAGCCAGGCCCAUUCAGGCUCCUCCCCAGAGCUGAGGAUGUCCAGAUCCCCACCUGGGAGGGCACUUUCGCCUGUCAGAGGCCACUGCGGACUCUCUCCAGAGCCCAAGACAACAUCCAAGUCUCCGCCCCCACGGAGCAGGGCUGCAGCCUCUCCAGAGCCCAAGAAGACUUCCCGGUUAUCACCCUCCCGGGGCCGAGCCAGACUAUCUCCAAUCACAAAAGAGAAGUCCAGGUCACCGCUGUCCAGGGGCCGGGCUGGGUCAUCCCCAUUAACGAGGGACAAGUCCAGGUCGCCGUCAUCCAGGUCCCGGGCCAGAUCAUCCCCAGUAAUGAAGGACAAGCCCAAGUCACCCUCCGCGAGGAGCCGAGUGGGAUUGUCCCCGGCAGCUAAGGACAAGUCGAGAUCUCCACCCAUCAGGGGCCAGUCAGGUGCCUCUCCAGAGCCCAAGAAGACUUCUAGGUCCCCACCGUUGAAGGCCUGGGCUGCAGCCUCUCCAGAGGCGAGGAAGGCGUCUCGGUCCCCGACUAUCAGGGCCCAAUCCAGGGCCUCGCCAGAGCUGAAAAAGACAUCCAGGGGCCGGUCGCGGUCACCUCCAGAGCUCAAGAAAACAUCAAGAUCCCCGCCCGGCCGAGCUCGAUUGGGGGCAUCCCCAGAGGUGCCAGGCAGAUCCCCACCUGCCCGGAGCCGCCAGGGGGCUUCUCCGGAGCUGAAGAAAGUCUCAAGGUCCCCGACAGCUUGGGACCGGGGCCGGACAUCUAUAGAAGUGAAGACUACAAGCAGAUCCCCACCCGCCAGGGGUGGUGAAGGUGUCUCUCCAGAGCUGAAGAAAGGGUUGAAGUCUCCAGCAGCACGGGGCUGGGCUGGGACCUCUCCAGACCCCAAGGUGACAUCGAGAUCUCCACCCGCAAGGGGUUGGGCCAGGUCAUCUCCAGAACUGAAGAAGGGUUCGAGGUCUCCAGCGCGGAGCCAAGCCGGGUCAUCUCCAGAGCUGAAGAAGGGUUCAAGGUCUCCAGCGCGGAGCCGAGCCGGGUCGUCUCCAGAGCUGAAGAAGGGUUCGAGGUCUCCAGUGCGGAGCCGAGCUGGGUCAUCUCCAGAGCUCAAGAAGGGAUCGCGGUCUCCGGCACGAAGCCGGGCUGGGUCAUCUCCAGAGCUCAAGAAGGGAUCGCGGUCUCCGGCACGAAGCCGGGCUGGGUCAUCUCCAGACCUGAAGAAGGGAUCAAGGUCUCCGGCGCGAAGCCGGGCUGGGUUGUCUCCAGAUCUGAAGGACAAAUCCAGGUCACCGCCCUCCAGGGGCCAGGCUGGGUCAUCCCCAGUUCGGAGCCGGGCUGGGUCAUCUCCAGAGCUCAAAAAGGGCUCUAGGUCUCCAGUAGUGCGGAGCCGGGCUGGGUCAUCUCCAGAACCCAAGAUAAAGUCAAGAUCACCGGCACGGGGCCAGGCCAGGUCAUCACCAGAGCUGAAGAAGGGUUCCAGGUCCCCGGCUGGACGGGGCCGGGGUGGGUCAUCUCCAGAAUCCAAGAUGGCCUCCAGAUCACCAGCACGGGGCCGGACCGGGUCUUCUCCAGAGCUGAAAAAGGGGUCUAGGUCACCAGGGGUGCGGAGCCGCGCCGGGGCCUCUCCCGAGUUGAAGAUGAAGUCGCGGUCUCCGCCUCCAAGAGGCCGAGGGGGGUCACCUUCAGAGCCCAAGAUGAGGCCGAGCUCUCCACCACCGCGGGGCCGAGCCGGGUCCUCUCCGGAGCCCAAGAUGGCCUCCAGGUCCCCACCCACCCGGGGUAGAUUCAGAGCUUCUCCAGAACUAAAGAAGCUCCCCAGCUCCCCACCCUCCAGGGGCAGGGCCAUGGGGUCUCCGGAGCCCAGGAAGGCAUCUCGCUCGCCCCCCGCCCGGGGCAGGUCAGGGGUCUCUCCGGAAGCCAAGAUGUCAUCCAGAUCUCCGCCUGUGAGAGGCCGGGGCGGGUCCCCCCCAGAGCCCAAGAUGGCCUCCAGGUCCCGGCCCUCGCCUUCGCCUCCUCGCCUCAGCCGUGCCAGCUCAGGGGCCCCCGCCACACCCCGAGGCCCCCUGAGGAGGAGGGGGGCAGCCAGCCCACCAUCGUCCCCGGAGAGCCCCCGGGCCUGUCGGGGCAAACGAGAGGCGUCGGCCAGCCCGGUGCGACCCCGCUCCCGGUCCCCACCGAAGCUGGACGUGUCCCGAGCCCCCCAGGCAGCGGUUCCAGCUCCUCCAGCCACCACCCGGCCCCGGAGCAGCGCUGCCCGGGCCUCCCGGUCCCCCCCCAUCCUGGAGCGCUGCCCCCCUGCCCCCGGCCCUCAAGGUGAUGCCCCCGGUCUGGCAGAGAAGCCCCGGUCCUCCUCAUCCUCUUCCUCCUCAUCCUCCUCGUCCUCCUCCUCCUCCUCGUCCUCGUCUUCCUCCUCCUGCCAGGGGGCCAAGGCAGAGCCCGAGGCCCUGCCCCUGGGCCCAGCCCCACCCCCUGGGCCCUCUGGCUCCUCUUCCUCUUCCUCCUCCUCCUCAUCUUCAUCAUCAUCCUCCUCGUCGUCCUCAUCCUCCUCGGAUUCAGACUCGGACUCCAGCUCCAGCUCGGCCCCGGGCAGCCCGGCCGGACCCCCGGCCCCCAUCACCCAUGCACAGCCGCCCAGCCCCACGCUGAAGGAGCCCGGACGUGAGGGGCGCCCCCCAGAGGUGGCCAAGCGGAAGCGGCACUCCAGCAGCUCCAGCAGCACCUCAUCGUCAUCCUCGUCUUCGUCCUCAUCCUCCUCGUCCUCUUCCUCCUCCUCCUCAUCUUCGUCCUCGUCUUCGUCCUCAUCCUCCUCGGAGCCCUCCCCCAAGGCUGGCACCCAGCCCCCGCCCAAGCCAACCCCUAAGAAAAAGGCCUCACCUGAGCAGAGGAGGUGAGUGGGCAACAGCCUGGAUGCCCGGG